GCGAUUGGGCUAAUUCAAGGUUUACGGAUUAAUGUCGUUAUGUAUUUUAGGCGCGCAAACGGCGUAUAGUGAGAUCAUGAAAACAGUGUCAGUAUUUAUUUAACUCGUUUAAAAUUUAGCUGUGCCUACUUUGUGUCAAAAGUAUGUUUUGAGUUUUGAUGUCUAAACUUUAUGUGCAAUGAAAUUCUUGUAUAUAUGAAAUUAUAAAUAUAAUUUCAUGGACGAACGUAUGGAAGAAGCUAGUGAUGAAGAGGCACAAACAGUAUCUGAACAAUCGGAUGAUGCUCAUUCUGAAGGAUCUGAUGGAGUUGUUGAUGAAGUAGAAAACAUUGCUGUAUCUCCUCUGUCUCCUCCAGUAUUAGAGAUACAGUCUGAAGACUCACAGCAGGAGCUACCAAAUCAAGAAAAUAUUCAGAAUACACCAAAAUCAGUAAAAAAUGAUGAAUGUAGAGCUUCUCUGACUAGCAAACUUGUCUCUCCUAAAAGUGGAUUAGAUGAAGAUGGCCAGACUUGUACCAUUUGUUUUGAACCGUGGACAAAUUCUAGUGAACACAGAUUGGUAUCCCUACGAUGUGGUCACCUUUUUGGUCGAAGUUGUAUAACACGUUGGUUGAAAGGACAAAAUGCUCGUUGCCCACAGUGUAAUGCUCGAGCUAGGAAAUCGGAGAUUAGAAAUAUUUAUGCCAAAGCUGUUAAGGUUAUGGAUUCAUCUGAACGUGACAAGGCUCUGCACGAUCUGAUGAAAGAAAGUGAAUUACGAAGAAAAGCUGAAAUGAAUGCAGCUCAAGAAAGGUUGAAGCAUAUGAUGGCUGUUCAGGAAUGUGAAAGGUUGAAAAAAGAACUGAUGGAAACUAAAAGAAUGCUGCAAGAAUAUAGAUCUAGUAUGGCUUUCAGCAAAUUGCAGUCAAGUCAGAAUAACUCUUCAGCAUUUUCUUUAGAGAAAAACAUUGAAAUUGCUAAAUUAGGAGGCUGCAGAAUUGUGGACAUAUGUGAAUUGUUGGGUAUAAUUUUAGUUUCACAACCGUCUACCAAUGAAUUAUUUCCUGGAUUUGGAUUUCGAAAGCUUUCUACAAUGGAUAUGAAGCCAUCAGAAUUUGUUUGGGUGCAUCAGAAACCAAUUAGAGAUAUGGCCUUUCAUGUUCAUGAUGGUUUGGUUCUGACAGGAUCUCUGGAUAAAUCUGUGAGAAUAACAAACAUUCUUACAAAUACUGUAGUGCAGACUUAUGUGGUUGAUUCUGAUGUUUGGAGCUGUGCUUGGGAUGCUGAUGAUCCAGUAUACUUUUUUGCUGGUCUAAAAAGUGGUGGAGUGUAUCUUUUCGACAUCCGUGUAACUAGUAGAUAUGUUCAUGAAUUGCCUAGGUGUGGUACUAGUACUCCAGUUGUGGCUUUGCAGUACCUUCGCAAAGCAACCUCAGCUACACACAAUAAAUGUGGACCAGUGGUUGGAAAAUUGUCAGAUGGUGGAUUUUAUGAAAAAGUUUCUGGAGAAGGAGUUGGAGAAUAUAAAGUAGCUCCUUUGCCGUGUAUAGGUCCAUUUACAUCUUUAAGUUCUGAGAAUACUUCAGGGCAUUUUUUACUUUCUUGUCGUCCUUCGCCUAAGCAACCUCGUGUUACUCAUACUUUAUGUGAACUUACGUGCGAUCAAUCAGGAGACGUUUCUUGUAAUCCAGUUCAGACAAUAUUAGGGGGAACAAAUCAAGUACAACUCUCCAGAUCUAAGCUUUUAUGUCACCCAGACAAAAUAAGUUCACUGCUUAUUUGUGCUGGAGAUGAAGAUGCUCAAGGGGCUCUAAUUUGGGAUGGUAGUUGUGGUGACCGUCUUGAUCAUCUAAGAACAGAAUCACCUGUGUUGGAUAUAUCUGGCCUUAAAUUAAAUCAUAAAACUUUCCUAACUGCUCUGACAGAUAAAAAUUUACGUCUCUACAGUUGGAAUGGCUGUUGAUGUUUGCACUAAAUUAGAUAGUUGAAGCAUAAUUGAUUACAAACAAGAAAUAUUGCUUGACUCUGUGAUGUAGUUAGAAUUCAUUUAUUUACAUCAAAUGACAAUAUGAUGAUGAGUUUCAAAUUUGUAUAUUUAAUUAAAGCUUUUUAAUUUUUUUUUAGCUUAGAAUAUGUAGUGUAUAUAUGUAAAUAUUUAUACAUUUGGAAAAGUAAAUAAAAAAAGUUUAUUUUUUCAA